AUGGCUGCAGGACAGUCAGGUCAGUGCCAAAUCAAGUAACAACAAUUACGUUGAUAAAAACUUGUGUUCUGUUUCCAUGUAAGUUUUUUUUUUUAUCGUCACAGGUAUGUCCAUCCCAUGGGAGCAGAGAAUAAGUCUAAGUUUCGUCUUUGUGGUAUCUUUGGUAGCCAGAUGUAGUGCACUAACAUGUCAGAGUGACCUGCGGCUUCCAGGUACAGCAUCUUUCCUUAUGCUUUUUAUCAUGUUUUCAUGUUAUCUCUUACCUUUAAGUCAGACCUUUAAGACUCUAUGUCCUCAAGCACAGUUUAUUUUUGAAAUUACUUCAAGUGACUGUGAUUGCCAAUCUUACCCAUUUACAGAAUACACAGACAUUACAGUUGACUGUGGCACAUCUUCAAUUGAGCUGGCCAUACAAAUCUGCCCUGUUGUUUACACUGGCUACAACGAGUCUUUGCUCAUCCUCAACCACAUGUUUGACAAGCCGGAGUGUAAAGGAACCCUGGAUGAACUUGCCACCCCACCUGUCGUCAGAUUCUCCUUUCCAAUCAACUCGACCAGCGCUUGCGGCAGUACCUUCAGGGUUAGUAGCUUUGAGGAGGAGCAUCCCUUUGGAAAAGUUCUAAGUGUUUUUUUUUUCCCCCUGAAAACAUCCACUUAAUAACUUUUACCCAAAAUGUUUCCUUCAGACCACCAGUGCGGCUGGCACAGGGAUCUUUGCUGACUUCUCGAACAUCCAGACGGUUAAUGUCAGCGGUGUGGUUCGCUCUCAUGAUCCAACAACAGGGGUCGUCACCUACAACACUGAGCUUAAAUAUUUUUAUUCAUGCUCUUACCCCCUGGAGUAUCUCAUCAACAACACCCAAGUGGAUGUGUAAGAACUCUGCUUAUAUUCCUACAAGGACUUUUUUGAAUUGUUUAACAUUCAUAUCUGGACAUGUUGAUGCUUGAGGAAAUAUACUUUGUCUUUGACCCCUCUCAUGGUAAGACUUCUCUUGUUGCCUAUGAUAAAUGGAUUGUUUGGUUUUUAACGAACACAGUUUCAUACUGAAUGGAUUGAUGUCUACUCCCUCCUUUCAAUUCAAUUUAAAAGCAUGCUAAAUAGCAAAAUAAAGGUACAGUUUGUUUCCACUCAUGUAUAUGGAGGUCAGUCAACCUUAAAUUCAUAUAUUACUGUAGGAAUAUCUGUGGUAUACAAUGGUAUUCUCGUCUAGAGGCUUUUAGAACAACUGAAUAAAUGCAAUGGAUUUCAGAGAACUGUAUGACAAAGGUGCUUGCUUGGCUAGGAGGUAGCUAACCAGCUGAUAAGCUGUCCCCUUUCAUUCAGUUACCUUUGUCGAUUGUCUGGUGAGUUUGUAUGUAUUAAAAAAGCUUAUAAUUCAGUCCUAGCACAUUAGGACAUUGGGCAUUAGUUCAGACAGGACAUGAGAGACAAGCUCAGCCCAUCAGCUUGCAGCUCAGCCAAUAACCUUCCUUGCACACAAUUGGCAAAUAUCAGAAUGGGUGUUUUACUUCAACUGACUGCUCCUUUGCAACAUUUGCAACCCACCUCCACCCUGUGCUCCUCCUUUUAUGCUAUGUCUGAUCUAACCGUUGUCAUAUGUAUUGUUACUGAUGCCUGCUUUCUUGGGGUUUUUGCUGCUGCUGCUCUCCCUGCUUUGGCGUUUCAUGGAAUGCUAUUUCUUCAGUAUGACAUUAAAACACAGUCAUGUUAAACUGAUAAUUCAAUCCAUCCAUAAAGGAAUUUCCCUCCUCAUGUUGGACGAUGAAGUUUAUUGAUGGAUCUAAAGACACUUUGCUCAUAUUCCAUAGGAAAUUAAGUGCUAGUUUGGGUCAUUCCAGGAUUCAUUAAAAUUUAGUUUAGCACAAAAAAUUUAAUAUUUCCAAAUGUGUAAAAAUUAUAACGCAUUUUGUUUUACUAAAAACUGAUGAGGAUGAGGAUUUUGAGUAUUUUCCUUUAUUAAUCUUUGGAAAUCUUAACCUGCUAGCUCUUGUUGUUUUCUGCACAAACCACUUUGCCCACCAGCCUCUACCUUUUCUCUUCCUUCUUAUCCUGUCAAACUUUAUCAUUAUCAUUAUGUAUUGUCAGUGAUGCCUGCUUGAUUCUGUACCCUGGGGUAUUUGCUGCCACCCUACCUGCCUUGGUUUUUAAUGCAUGCACAUGAAUGGCAAGAAGGAGAGGUGUGCUCUUUCCUGCUCCAGACUUUGGCAUAAUACACAUGUGGAAGGCCAGGGACCUGUCAGAACAGAGCCAUAGCUACUUCGUGCUAAAAAACAUUUCAUUUUGAGGAAAGCAAUCCUGACUAAACUACUACAGGUGUAAUUGCUGUAACAAGGAAACUGAACAGGAAAUAUUUUAAACUUGUGCAGUCUAGUUUUGUGCCUACUUGCUCUCUCUGACUGUUGAAGAUUGAAGGAAGCUGGAUAAGGUUGCUCAGAGCAUGUAGACUGUCAGUCAGGAUACGCAGGCAGGAAUAUGGUUUGACUCUUUAUUGUAUGCACUAGCACACCAAAGGACAGGAGGAUUCAUUGUUAAUGUGAGGUCCAAAGAAACUAGAAAUGAAACAGGAAUGAAAUGGUGAUAGUCAGAGUCAGAAUAUAGACGAAGAUCAACAGACACCUCUGAAAGAGAGAGAUUUAGUUUCUUUUUUAAACAGAUGUCUCCUCCAUUGCUACCAUGUUUGUUGUUGUCAUGAAGUUUUGACUCUUCUUUUUUGAAGUGACUCUGAUACCCUGAUAUCAGAGCAUAAUAUUGUUUAUCUCUUCAUGAUUAAAAAUCAAAGAAAAUUUAUGUUUUUAACAAUCAGUUACUUGAUAAUCAAAUGUCGGCCUUCAAAAGCUGUAUAGCUUGUAAGUAGAAAAAUAAAUGAAAAAAAAAAAAAAAAAACCUUAUUGAAUUCCAAAAACAAGCAGUCCAUUUAUGGACGUAUAGAUGUAGGUAACAGUGUGUGGUUCCUGCCUUUGUUGCACACAUUCAUCCUGACCACAGUGAUCAUGCUGAUCUGGACAAAUAUGUUGACCUGGAUGUUCUGUAACAAAUAUGAUGCUCUCUAACAUGUCUGAGCCUUUCCUUCCCUGCCUCUUAUGCUGGUCUUAUGUCCCAUGCAGGUCAGCAUCCUCCAUCGCACUGAGGGACAACAAUGGGAGCUUCAUCAGCACUCUGAGCAUGGAGCUCUUCAGUGUAAGUCCAGACACAUGUAUAUUUUGGGGCAGCUCAUGUUCAGUUGUUGGUACUAUAUUUCUGGUUACCCUGUGUAACUAGCAAUGUAAGUAGUAAUUUAGUAAGUUGCAUUUGAUAUAGCACUAAACCAUAUCUAUAUGUUUGUUACACAAGAAGAUGAAAUAGUCUGUCGUGUACUUUGUUUCAUCUAUGCUACUUUGUGCGGAUGGAACCAAGUCACUAAAGUUCAACUCAACACAGUUCUGCAGUAAAAGAAAUGAUAAAUAAACAGAACAAAUGGUUAUCUCUCAAGCUCGUUUGUGGCAAAAAAUACAACAACUUUGUUUGCUACAGCUGCUUUUCCCUCUUUGCACAGAGCCCCACGUGCAGUUGACUCACAGCAAUCUGCAUUAAGAGAGGAGACCACAAGGGGUCGCUGUUUGCUGAUGAUGUUUCAGUCUAUUUAAGUUAACCUUCCAACUCAUUUCCUGAAUCUACUGAGCAGAGAUGUUUGAUGCAGUUUAAUGUACCGCCUCAGAAAAUGUCUGCCUGAAAUGGGACAGAAUCUACUAAACUAUUUGGGAAUAUAUUUAUCAACAUACAUCCACAUACUGUUUGAAACAGAAAAUUUUACACCUUUAAAAGAAAUUAAAGAUGACGUAUGCAGGUUGAAUUCAAUUUCUUUUCUUGGGCAUAAUCAUACAAUUGACUUUUUAAAAUUGAAGUUUCUGGCCCAAUAUCUUUUCUAAAUUCCAAGCGCCCCUGUUUGAAUUUCCUCACUUUCAAAAUGAGAGAAGUCAAUUUAAAGUUUAUUUGAAAAAGGGAAAAAACCCACAGUCACUGUGAAGUCACAUCUGGACAUGCAAGUCACUACAAGAUGUUGUGUCUGUGAAACUGUUAUCAAAUACAUGUAGUGUGUGGUUCAGUGGUCUAGAGGAUUGUAAUGUUAAAAGUGGUAGGAUAUGUCCUUGUUCAGUGUUCAGUGUGCAGCCAGCCAAAACUGUCUCGGGUGAAACAAAGUUCAUCAUGGGUGGCUUGGACUCAAGUUGACCCAAAUUUGCUCAAGUUCAUUAUAUUGGUGCAGGUUGUUCUUUGAGGCGUGCUUUGAAAUACCUCCAGGAUCUGUAGCCUUAAGGUGUUGAGAGAAUCUAUUUCCAGGGAGUAGCCAUUAUAAGCAGUUUCCUUGCAUGGUGACUUAGUUCUCAUCUGCAGGAGUUUUUCUGGCACUCACAUGAAUUGGAUUCCAACAAUAUGGGAGGAGGCUAAUGUCAGUUUUUGUGGAGGUGGGCCCUGUGAUGCUCAGUGUCUCAUUUAUUUCUUUCAGUAAAAAAAUUUCUUUUGAGUCUCUCCCUGGUGUGAUGUUAUGUACUACUAUGCACUCAUCUUCCCUCCCCCAAACUGAACUUAGCCCUAAUUUAUCCUGAAAGUGGAAAAUAACCUCAGGAUGUACGUUUCUAUCAACAGGAUGUCAACUACACAAAGCCUCUAGUGAUACCUCCACUGGGCUUGGAGCUGAGGACCAACAUCUACGUCCAGGUUCAAGCAAAAAAUCUGACUGAUCAGUAAGAACAUCUUCCUGUUGACUCUCACCAUAUUUUAUAAACUCAUAUGUUUCAAUGGUCCAAAACCCAGAAACAGGGUGAAUGAACCCAAAUGGAAGCAGACGUUUGCAUCUGGUUAAAAGAAAUUAUUUUAGCAUUCCUAUCUAAUGUUGCUGUUUUUCUCCACAAGGUACAAUGUCCUCAUGGACCGAUGCUAUGCUUCCAUCUCUCCUUAUCCCACCAACUCCUCUUUCUUCAACUUUUUUGUGUCGUAAGUUGACAAAUCCUAUUCUGAAAGUCUUUGUAAGGCCAAUGUGUAUUGUGCUUUUAUGAUAUUAUAAAUUCUAUUUAUUAUGCUAGUAUGACUAAAACUGGACUUUUCAAUACAUGUAAACACUUAGGUCGAACUAAAGCUGCGCUCUGGUAAAUUUCUCUCAGACUGCAAUAUUGUAAUGUGAUGUAAUGCAUUGGCCUUUGGUUGAGAUCAAGUGUGGCCUCUUACCAACUAGUUUGUUGGCUGUUUUGGUGUAUGACAUAGUAGCUUUAUCAGGAGACAGUCCUAUUGCAAGUUGUUGAUUGUUGCAGAGGUGGAAAGUACUAAAACAAUAGUUUUCUUGCCUGGUGCUUUCAUAUUGAGACAAGGCUAACUGUAGAGUUAAAUCCUCUGGUUGCGCCAUAAUAACAGUUCCACUUAACUGUACAUGCAAACAUACUGACUACUCUUUCUUAAUUAACACCCAGGUGCUCCAGGGACCAGAUGACCACCAUGCAUGAGAAUGGAGACAGUCACCACGCCCGCUUCUCCUUCUCUGCCUUCAGGUUUGUUGAGCAGCAGAACCAGACGGUGUCCACCUACUAUCUGCACUGUAUCACCAGACUCUGUGAGAUCAGCACCUGCAAUGACUUUAAGGUCAGUCAAGGAUUACAUUUAGUCUGUUGCUUCCAUUGUGCAGAAAGUUGUGUUUUAACAUUUCUGCUUUCAUCCACAGCAAUGUACAAAUAGGAGGAAAAGGGACCUUCGUUCAAAUGGUGUUUCGGAUGCAACCACCUUAUCCUCAGCAAUUCCCAUUGUCACCAGAAAUGAUAAUUGUGAGUAUGGCUGCUUGGUAAAAGUGAUCUGAAAACAUAAGGAAAAGAAAAACAGAGAGCUUUUGGUGUAGAUGUGGCAUGGUUAAAAUCAUUGUUGUAAUCUAGCUUUUUUUUUUUUAAACCAAUGUCUGUUAAUGACACUUUUUAAUUGGUAAAAACUUCCAGGCAGCUCAGGUGACAAGUCAAAAGUAAUCCUUACUUUGUGUUAAAUGGAAACUGAGAUUUCGAAUUACCAACUAAGCUAAGCAUACAUGUGCAACCAAGCAGACUCAUGUCAGCAGCAGGCAGCCACAUCACAUGACUUGUAGCUCAGAUGUAUGGGAUAUCCUCAGUUGGGAUAAUAUGAUCAGUCAUGACUUACAGUUGUGGGGUAUAGUAGGUUUAUACAGACAAGAACUGUACGAAACAGAGACAGAACUCUAUAGAAAUAGUUGAAUAUCAUGAACACAAACUAAUUUUCUCCGUCUAUCCUUUUUUUCAGCACUAACAUCUAUGGAGGAAGGUGUGGUAUUUUUCACUUUUAUGCUGUUUAUGUCUGAUCACACAAUAUUGCAACAGUUUCAUUAAAAGACCACAAAGCAUUUUUCUCAUGUUGCUAAGUUUUCUCUGUAUGACACGGAAGUUCAUUUUGAGCCUUAUGGUCACCUCUCAAAUCUUUCUUCAGGUUGUAAACAUUUGAUUCAAUGAGAAGUGUAAAAAAUGUCUUUGUUCUCUGCUUGUGUUGUAAGCAGCUUCAUCCAGUGGCUUGCACCAGGGCACCAGGAUGGGUCUCGGGAUAACUGUGGGCGUCCUUGUGGUGGUUGUCAUUGUGCUUCUAACUGGAGCCGCUGUCUUUUUCAGAAGGUUCAUACCCUUUUAGAGUGGAGAAGGAAGCACAAAGUGCCCUCACUGUGACUUUUCAUAUACAGCAUGUAUAUGUGAUAUACUGUUAGCUGUACUAAAAAUGCAUAGACUUGUUUGAAAUGCAAAAGCCAUCGCUGUUUGUGUAGGAAAGCUGAAUCAUGAGGGUUAGAGUGAUUUUGCACAUGUUUGCCUCUAAAACAUUUUGAGGAAUCACACAUAUUUAAUCUGUGAUCCAAAACCUUUGAAAAUAUUUCACAGGCAAAAUCAAUGUAGUAGUAUUUUACAGAUAAUGUAUUUUGUAGAGUUAUACUGAAUUUGAUAAAAGCCAGACUAGUUUAGUGAAAACCUUGUAAUGCUUUGAGUGUGGGUCAGUGUGAAUGUCAAUAAAAAGAUGUGACAAAGACACUGCCCAUUGUCAUUCUUUACCAGGUUGUGCAUAAUGACAGUCCAUUUUGGAGAUUUGAAUACACCCUGUACCAAGCAAUGAGUUUUCUCAGUUAUGUUUUCUAAGUUCACCACAAAGUAAAUUAAAAAAAACAGCACAUGUACUUCAGUUAGACAAACCACAAUUUAUAUCACGGAGCUGUUUAUUACAACUGCUAAACAGUGUGGUGUCAAUACUCUGACCUCAUCGUAGUUUUAGUUUUAGAUUUUCAUGCAAACACUGAGGAGUGGUGACACAGUAACUGAAACCCUGUAUCUGCAUGACAAUGGGCCUGAAAAUUUGAGCCCACUUACAUCCAGCAGUAGCAGCACUAUCAGAAACCACAAUCAGUGUGAAAUCUGUGUAGCUGGAAUUGCCUAACUAAACCAGCUCCAUGUGUCCCAACCAGUGGUAAACAUGCCCUGUCCCAGCUUUCUAUUUCAUUUUCAUUUUCUAUUUUCAUUUUUCUAUUUUAUACAUGUAAUGAUUGAGAAUGGGUCAUUCACUGGUUGCAAGGAUAAGAAAAAAUGUGCAGCCUGGGUAAUUUUAUGAUUUCCAACGCCCAGUUAUGCCACAUGUCCACUAGAUGUCCCUAGUGAACUUUCAACACAGUUGACCACGUGGUCGCUCCUCUACAUCUGCAACUGGUGCCUCCAUGCAGGCCAGCCUCUCUGUACUUAUCAAUAAGAUGGAUUCAGGCUGUCUGUGACCUUUUUGAUUUAUGUCGACUAAUGAAGCUGUCUGAUAUUGUGACAACCUGCAAGCCUGUAAGCCUUCCUAUAUAGACAGGUAUUUAUCAAAAUACUGGCAUGGGCUUUAGAGUUCAAGUACAAUUUCAAGAUAAAGAGACACUGACUGUACAAAGUUUAGAGUUUAGAGUAAACAGUGUUUGAGGUCACUUUGCGGUAAUAUGUAUUAAAUAAUGGGUUAAAAGUUGCAUAAAAAAUUGUCCAUAGCCCCUACAUGGUGCAUCAUCUAGGGUAGACAAAUCAGAUAGCUCAUAGAUGUGUCUCUGCUGUAAAAAGCAACUGCAUUAAAUAAAAAGUUAAAUAAAUGAAGGAUCAGAUGGCAUGGGCAUAUUUGUCAUAGGAAAUUAACAAAUCUUUUGAAUUAAAUCAGAAAUAAAGAUAAUGAAAUUAGUCCUGUGUCUACAUUUGCUUUCAAACAAACCCAAUGAUAUGCUCCUGGACCAUUUUGAUACAAAUAUAAAGGCAAGCUGUCUGUGAGGCCUUUUAAAGUUUAUCUUUUGAGGCUCAGCUGACUGUUUAGGAUAUCUGCUCUCCAAAAAUAAGGUUCCUCACAAGGUUUCUGCUUGUUGAAAAGAAUAAAAACAACAACAAAGAUUUUAUUGGCAAAGUUAAAAAAAAUAAGCCCUGUUAGACCUCCCUAAAGAUUUUUUUUUUCUUAAACUGGGCACAUAAAAUGAUAACUUGUGUAAGAAAUUAUAAUUGUUCUGUGGGAACAACUUAUCAUGUGGGUAGAGCACAGUUAUCUUGUGAGGACAAGAUAAAAAUCUGUACAUUUAAUGUUAUUUUCCUGUGGAAACAGGUAAAUUGAUUGAUGUGCACAACAUAAUAAUAUUGUAGUAGCCUAACAAGUAUUUUUUAAGUAUUUUAUUGGAGAGAGUUGAUCACGUUGACUAAACAUGUUAAUUACUGUAUAUGGUGCACACGAGUUCAUUAUCUUAUGGCAUCGAGUUAAAGGCAUAUUUUAGGGUCAAACACACUGUAACACCGAGUUAGACAGUCCCUCGGGAGAUUAAUGUUCCGGCUUGCUUCUCUAGUUUUACCAGCUUUAGUAACGACCGCACAAUAGCAAUACACAGCGAUCUGAGAAGCCAUAAACAAACCUCAGCCAAAAGGCCACUCUAUAGCCACAAAUAAUGCUCAGAACAGCACCUAUGUAACUUCAUCAACAGUACAUAUAGGGUCCCAGCCAUAGCACCCGCCACCAAACAUCUUUUUAGCUUUGCCUAAUUUCUCUAGCAAAAAGACUAAACACAACUCACCUACUCACUUCCAGCAGCUGCUUGUUUGUAGCAAUACCUCAGGCCAGUCCAUUACGGACAGCGGACAGGUUUUUGGAUGUGUUUGACCCUAAAUUAAUUUAUGCCGGAAUAUCCCUUAUCUUUUGGGCACCACAUAAUUAAAGUAUAUUGUGGGUGCAAGUUAUUAUCUUGUGGAAACAGUUUAAAGUUUACAAUGUCAUUAUUUUGUACAGACAAGAUAAUAACUCGACUGAUAAUGUUUAACUCGUGAUUUAGCUAAAAAGGAAGACUUUAAAAAAACUAUUUUGGCUGUGUUGUAACAUGCUUGUGGUAGCUUUCCUCAUCCUAAAAUAUAUUGUAGUAAAUAUAGUGAAGGCACUGUUUUCUUGUUUGUUUGUUUUUCAAGAAAAUUUGUAUGGUUCUACUUCUAACUAACCCAAAACUUACCCUUGACUAUUACAACUGUAUGACACUUUCGUUAUACUACCUGGCUGGUUGCCCCCAAACAGUCUGGACACGCCCCUGCAUGAUUCACUAUGAAGACGCACCGAAACCUCGUCAUACACGAAACAGGCCACGUGUUUUGGUCUUUCGAUUACAGCUGAUUUUUAAUUCCCCAUGAAAUAACCAGGUGGUAGCUCAUGAUUUACAAUUAAUCACGUGUCACCCACGCAGUAACAGCUGAUGGUUUGUUGUAAUGAUCAUAUUCACAGAAGCUUUUCCAGGAAAGUUGUUCAUCGGACAGUUCUCUGUGGUCCAGGAAUGGCAUUUGCAGGAAAUCCCCUGUGAACACUUUGAUAGUGUCCUACGCUCUUUGAGAAAAUGAACAACACGGGGAUUCUUCCUCAAGCAUGCUUGAUUUAAAUAAGCGGAAAAAUGCUGCCUUCACGUCCCCCCUAUGAACUCUAUACAUGCCCGGAGCAAAAGAGUUGUGGGAUUUCUUUUAAAGGCGAAAACAAAGUGACUCAUAGUUUUCAUAUGAGAGGUUUAUCUUUAGUUCCUUAUUUGCCAGUUUAUCAAUAAGUCAUCGGUUUGGAGAUGGAUAUUGAUUUCUGAAACAUGUGGGCUACUUAAAGCAAGUGACCCACCAGCAGUCAGCGUGAUGAAGUAUUUUGUUAAUUGAUAGUUAAUUUAUCGCCGGCUGUGUAAGAGUGUUAACAGAAAGAAGACUAAAGUUUAUUCAGUCCACUUUACGUAGGCUAUCCUUCAUUCUCGCGUGAAAGCCUCAAACAUUAACGCUUCUGCGAAAGUUGCUAACCACGGGCUGCGUUAGGGGGGGGGACUAGUUCAACAAUAGACUUUCUGAAUUUCCUUACUUUCACGUGGAAAUUGGAGUGUCCAUGUGUCCGACAACCCUGUAAGGCAGCAUUGCACCAAAAAGCCCGGAAGAGUCCCAGCAGCCCCUCCUCCUCCUCCUCCUGUCCGCGCGCUGCUCAGCUCAGUAUUUCACCUGCGCUACUUCACUGAGAGCAACACGGACUUUGGAGUGUUGCGGACUUUCCACGCCUCUUCACCAGAAAGCACCGACAUCUGUGAGGGUCACAUUUGA